UUCUUAAAACAAGAACCUUAUAGAACCAUACCUAAAAAAUUAAGAGAUUAUGGAAAUGAUAAUUAUGCUAUAGGCGAUACAGAAUCAGAAGAGUCUGACUCUGAACCAGAGAUAAGCGAUAGUUCAAAACCUCAAAUACAGGCUUCUUCGCCAUCUCAAACAAUAGAAAUAGAUUCAAUAUUAGCUGAAAUUGAUGCAAU